CAUUUUUUCCUUCAUUUUCAGUUGACUAUGUGCUCGUACAUAAUUUCUCAAAUGCAUUCUAUAUGGUCUUGGCUGUUACUGUUUGGGUGAAGUCUUUGAUUAAUUUAGUAGUCGCUUCCAUGCUUAUGGAUGGUAUAAGAAAGCAACGUCUUGUUUGCAUUGCUCCCUGGCUUAUAAACACCAGCAUUUCGAUGGCUAUUGAGAUAGCCGUUUUCAUUUUCAUGGAAAUCAAAAUGAAUGAAUUCGAAGAAGAAAUUGCAUCGGAUCGACGCAUUGUGCACAGUGUCAUUUUUGGUGUAUUUAUGGUUUUCAAUGCGCUUUCGGUGUUCGGCAUUUUUGCAUUGUACAAAAUGUUCAAGGCCACCGCCAACGAGAAUCGUACGCUACAGGAGAGUAUUGUGGAAGCAGCUGGACUCUAUCAGCAUGUUAAAGUUUAAGCAUACUUAUGUAUGUAAAUUUUGCCGCAAUGGAGAGGCACCUUAUCGUAAACAGAUUGCAGCAUUUAGUGGCAUAGCAACACAGUAAUUGGGUCAUUGGCGUGAUGUUGUUGAAAAAUGCAUUUAUUGAUAAAAAAAACGAAAAUGUAAAAAUCUUUAAAAAUUCUCAAAGUGAAUAAAUAAAAGUGG